AUGCACAGUCUCGCUGAUCUUCCAUCAGGAAAGACAGUCGCUUCUGGAGCUACAGAUGCACCGGGCAGAACACGCAGGCUCCCCGUUCUCUCGUCAUCUGUUUUGUCAUCCGGCACAUCAACGAGCGACCCUAUGGAGGUAACUCCGCCGCCAUCGACCGCCACUACAGGCGCCGUACGCCCGGUCCACAGCACUCCCGAUAAUGAUCGAACGGGCGCAAAUAGCAUGACGGGUUCCAAUGGUUCUCCCGAAGCUGGAAAUUCGAAUAACCAUGCGACUCCAGGCCAGGCUAUCGGUGCCGCGGCCGCGGCCCAACAACCUAAGGUUGUGCAGACAGCCUUCAUUCACAAGCUUUACAACAUGCUGGAGGACCAAAGCAUCCAGCAUCUGAUAUCCUGGUCCAGUACCAAUGAUAGCUUCGUCAUGUCUCCUACCUCCGAAUUCUCCAAAGUCCUCGCCCAGUAUUUCAAGCACACCAACAUUUCUUCUUUCGUGAGGCAGCUGAAUAUGUAUGGUUUCCACAAAGUGAGCGAUGUCUUCCACACCGGAUCCCCCGACUCUGCACUCUGGGAAUUUAAGCACGGCAACGGGAAUUUUAAACGUGGCGACUUAGUUGGACUACGAGAAAUCAAGCGACGGGCGUCGCGCCAUGCAUUGAUUCAUCGAGACUCGUUCCCUGGCCACAAGUCGGCCGCUUCUCAACCCGGCACGCCGGCGGAGCCGAUUCCAGAUUCCACUGAAGCACGAUUGAUAAACUUUGAGCAUAUGCUCUUUGAUAUGCAUAAUCGUCUCAGUCGGGCCGAAGACGGAAAUGCAGCACUAAAUGCUAGGUGCCAGGCUAUGGCUGAGAGCAUUAGCAGGUGUUACCAUUGGAAUCAUUCAAUAUCUCGCUUUUUACACGGAAUGAUCCCUGAUCGCGAAAGUCUACUGUACCGAGAUGUGACUAGUAUGCAAGCAGAAUUGGAAAAGCAUUUGGACACCGUUCGAACUCUCGAACAUCCCUCAGAUAUGUAUUUAUCUGUGCGACAGCCCCCCGUACCGACCGUCGCGGUCGACCCAGGGCCCCCUCUGUCCCCCCGGCAAAUGCCGCAAGAUGAUAGCCGACGACUAUCUAUGAUGGACUCUCGACCGAAUAUGAUCCGGCCACCGGUACCCCCGCAUUUGUCUGCCUCGCCCCGUCGUUAUGGCUCAAUUGGCGCAGCAAAUAACUCCCCCAACUACAGCCGCCCCCAGGUCCCAUCCAUAGUUACUCCUCAACCACCAGUUCCGCACCCUCUUUCAUCCGCAUCCUCGCCUCCGGGCCCCAACCUUGCGCGCCGACAUACCUCAGCAGACAUCCGUCAACAUGGCUGGCCACCACCUGGUAUUUCCCCAUUUCCCCCAAACCAGUCAUCCUCACAGGGCCCGUCUGCUUGGCCGCCAUCACCCCAUCGCACACCGACCUCAAGUGAUCAGCAAGUUCGAGAUGUACUAGCCCAGUAUGAGAUGGGAGCGCCACGCCGCUUCCAAGACAUCUCGCGCCAUGCUACCCCGCCUCUAAAUCCCGAUCAACAGGGCCCGGCAGAUAACGGUUGGGGAUUUGGUGGGCCUAGAUUUCCUCGACAUGAAUCUUCUCUACCUGCUACGCGCCGAUCAAGCAUGGCCAGCAAUGUACAUUCUCUCCUCAACCCAGCUGAUACGGCCGAAAGGCCCGACGAGGAUCAGCAUGCAGUAGACGAUCGAAAGCGCAAGCGUCUUGAGUAA